AUGCAUUUCUCCAACAUCUUCAAGCACAGUGACAAGACUGCCCCUACCACUGCCCAAGAUGAAGCUCACAAAGAACAUGGCAAGCAUCAUCACGAGAAGCGUGAACAUCAAGACUUGUCCCAACUCCCUAAAGGUUUUGCUAAUGAUGCCAUGAGAACUUCCAACAAGCCCGAUACCUUGUACGGUUUUGAUGAUCCUACAGCAAGACGAUUGGGACCCGUUCCUUCCUCUGAUCCUACCAACACUGGUGCUUAA